GCGGGAAGAGGAGCAGCUCCAGUUGUAGUGGGGCUCUUACUGCUGAGUCUCUGGAAGGGAGUCGUACUUCGCGUCCCCCGACACACCCAAAGGAACGAAGGGAACCGGGACCCCCCCCCACCCUGCGGGGACCCGGAACUGAUCUGCUACAAUGGCAUCCGAUGACUUUGAUAUAGUGAUUGAGGCCAUGCUGGAGGCUCCCUAUAAAAAAGAGGAGGAUGAGCAGCAAACUAACGAGGUUGAAAAGGAGAGCCCUAGUAACACCACCAACAGCACCAGCUGUACCGGCAGCAGUGGCAGUGGCACCAGUGGGAGCAGCGCCAGUGGGGAGGCAGGCAGGAAGAAGAGGAGUCGGAGCCAUAGUAAAAGCAGGGAUAGAAAACGCAGUCGUAGUCGAGACCGUCAUAGGCGGAGAAGCAGUCGGAGCCGGAGUCGAGAUCGGCAGCGUCGUCACCGCAGCCGUAGCUGGGAACGUCGACAUAGUAGUGAGUCACGAAGUCGAGACCGACGUCGUGAGGAUCGUGUGCGCUACAGGAGUCCACCGCUUGCCACUGGGCGUAGGUAUGGACACAGUAAGAGUCCUCAUUUCCGGGAGAAGAGCCCAGUCAGGGAGCCAGUUGAUAAUCUGAGUCCUGAGGAGCGGGAUGCCCGCACGGUGUUCUGUAUGCAGUUAGCUGCCCGCAUUCGGCCUCGGGACCUGGAGGACUUUUUCUCGGCUGUUGGCAAGGUUCGAGAUGUACGUAUCAUCUCAGAUCGGAACUCACGUCGUUCUAAGGGCAUUGCCUAUGUGGAAUUCUGUGAGAUCCAGUCUGUGCCACUUGCCAUUGGGCUGACCGGACAGCGGCUGCUAGGAGUGCCUAUCAUUGUACAGGCCUCACAGGCUGAGAAAAACCGACUGGCAGCCAUGGCCAACAACCUGCAGAAGGGCAGUGGUGGACCAAUGCGCCUCUACGUGGGCUCCCUGCACUUCAAUAUCACCGAGGACAUGCUCCGGGGCAUCUUUGAGCCCUUUGGCAAAAUUGAUAAUAUUGUCCUGAUGAAGGACUCAGAUACAGGCCGCUCUAAAGGUUAUGGUUUUAUUACGUUCUCUGACUCUGAGUGUGCCCGCCGGGCCCUGGAACAGUUGAAUGGCUUUGAGCUUGCUGGUCGGCCUAUGAGGGUUGGCCAUGUGACCGAGCGACUGGAUGGUGGCACAGACAUCACUUUUCCUGAUGGAGACCAGGAUCUGGAUCUGGGAUCAGCGGGUGGACGUUUGCAGCUCAUGGCCAAAUUGGCAGAAGGCUCUGGAAUCCAGCUGCCGACCACUGCUGCUGUUGCCCAAGCUGCUGCCUUGCAACUGAAUGGAGCAGUUCCUUUGGGGGCCCUGAACCCAGCGGCUUUGACGGCUCUGAGUCCGGCCCUGAACCUCGCCUCCCAGGCAAUCGCCUCCCAGUGCUUCCAGCUUUCCAGCCUCUUUACCCGCCAAACCAUGUAAUUAGUGGCGCAGUCCACUGCCUACCUGUGCCUCUGGGUCCUGCCACUCCCUUCUCCACGUCUACCCUUCCAUGGCCCCUUCUCUCCAUUCUGUGGACCAAACCAUCCUGAGGGUGUGAACAUUGACGGUGGGGGAACUGGGACCCCCUGGGACACCAAGAAGAGCUCCUGCCCACCGCAGCCGCAGUGGGAAUGGACUCUGGUGAGCAAAGCUGCCAGUUGAAGAGAACAGAAUCUGCACUUGAAUUGAACAUCUGUUUCUCUGUAUUUAUCGUCUCCUGGGAUGACCUUCCUUGCCCUUUACAACCACCUCUUACUGAUUCCUUGAUUCCUCCCCCAUUGGGAAGGCCAUAGGGCAUUAACUGAAGGAACUAACCGCUCUUUGCCUGCCUGUACCUUUACUGUACAGUCUGUCACGGAAAACCUUUAAGACCUCUGGUCUGUGAGGACUUUGGGGUUUGAGGGAGUGAACCUUGAAAGUGCUGGCUUGCUGCUACAAGGGCCCUGGAAGAUAGCACAGACGUGUGUUGGGAAGCCUGCCUUAAACCUUAGCUUGGGGCCAGAACUGCUACUGUGGGCUCAACAUCUUGCUGGGAGGUGUGGGAAUGAUCUCUCCUGCCAGCCAUUUUGGAUGUCUUAGGGGCAUUCGGGAGUUCAGUGAAAGGUGGGGUACCUUUCUGGUAUCUUCCAUCUUCCUUUGUGUAGUUGUCCUUCCUUUGGCCCAGGGUGGGAGGAUGGAGGGGAGGCUGCUUCUCUCCACCACUUCCAUGUGCCUCUGGAGACUGUGGGCUCAGGCCCAGCUGGGCACACGUGAGUCCUUCUCACUGUAUUUUGUACCCUUGUGUCUGUGUACAUAAAUAUAAAUAUAUAUAUAUAUAUAUAUAUAAACUUUGUACAAAAGGCAGGUCCCACGGUUGUGGCGGCGGCUGCCCAUGUGUGGUCUCGGUCCAGUGGUGUGUCUGUCUGACGUUAACUUCUCCUGAGCCAAAACCACUAAUGGUUCUAGGGAUAUAAAACAUUUGUAAUGCUAUUAAGUUUUCUUUUCUUUAUUUUAAUUUUUUAAAUAUCUGAUCUUUAGAAAGAAAAACAGACAAAAGGCACACAUGCCAUCUGUAUCUGCUUUAUACUCCCGUGGUCUUUAUGCCCCGUGGUCUCCUUCUGUCUUUAUCUUGAUUAUCUCCAAACCUCCCUGCCUAGUGGACAGACCUCCAGGCUCCCUCUCUCUGCCUGGGGACAGAUCUUGUCUUUCCACCAGAUGGCAGUGUGACAGUAGCACAUUCUGCACCUUGCUCUAAGGGUGUUUCGUGAUCCUGAAGAGCUUAAGUACCAGAGAAGCCUUCUAAGCUCACCAUUCUUACUUUGUUGAGCUCUGUACCCGCCUUUGGACCUUUUUGUAGUAGACAUCCAGUCCAAUAUCCAAAGGCGUUUGGGCAUUAUACAUCAGGGCUCCCCAGGCCUUAAGUCUGUCAUUGUUUGCCCUUUCAGUCCCCCCAACUCUUCUUUCCAAUGGCUUUGAUAACACAGGCCUGAGUCCGAUUGAUGAAUUUCCAGGGAGCUGAGUAUUCCACACAUGGCCCUUCCAAAGGUGAGGGCACACCUUCCUCUGCCUGCUUUGUAAGGCUUAGAACAAGGGGCUAGUCCAGAGCCUGGCUCACCAACUAGGGACCAACCAAAAGGAGAAGGUCUGAAGUUCAGGGACAGGGCUCUGUGGGCUUCCUCCAUUCUUUACUGGUCUCUGUGCAACAGAAUGUUGAGAGUGUAUUGUCAUGCUAAAAAUUUGGAUAAUUGCUGCUAGGUUUUAACUUGUCAGUUAAGGCUUCUAAGCAGAAUGAUGGUUUUUUAGUGGUUAGCUUAUGACGUUGCUCUUUACACUGCAGUGUUAAGUACCUGAAACCUACUUGUGGCAUAAAAGGCCACUGGGACUCUGGAGGGACUUCCAGGCUGCUGCAGUCUCACCCACUGUCACCCCUACCCCUUCCCUGUACUAAUUUGCUCUCUGGACCUGGGAGAAGGGAAGGAGGCCACGUUAUUUUCAGGUAGGAGCAGCUGACUAAGGCCCAGUCCUUUGCAGUUAUUGAUGCAGCUGCUAAGGCAACCUGACCUCAGUGCAGACCAUUUUUAUGCAUCCUCCUGAGGCUAUGGGCCAGGCCUCCUCAUGGCAGUCUUGAACAUCUUCAAACUGUAGGUACCCCCAGGCCUUGCUUCCUGCCCUCAGGUGGGCCCCCCGCACUGCUCAGUUUCCUUAUACUCCCAUUCCUAGCUGCUUUGGCCUUCCUGCAUUUUGGGUCCUUCCACCUCAGUUCUUCCUUGCUCCUUGUUCUUAGAGGCUUGCGUAGCUUUUUGCUGGGAGAGAGACAAGGGUGGAAGUAAGGGAAUGUCAAAGACAACUUCUUUUCUAGUCUUAACCUACAUAAGGUGACAACGUCUAGUGGGUAACAGCCAGUGUCACUGCGUGUGACUCAGUGCCUUCUUAUUAUUCAUCCUUCUGUAGAGGGUGGUUGGAGUGGAGAGAAGGGGCAGUGAACAGCCUCUGGGCCCAGCCUAAUGUAAAGGAGCCUCCCUCAACCUCCUGCCUGAGCAUGGUGGCUAAGGUGGGAGUAGAGAUGAGACUGUUGCCCAGGUCUGUUCCCAGCGCAGUUAGAAUUUCCCCACGAGUCCUCAAUUCUAAAUGGGAUUUUUCACUUGACUUUCGGCUUAUAGCCUCCACUUCUCUCUUUUCUAAGGCAGUGGCAUUCCUCCCUGUUCUUUAAACUGCUGUGUUCUUUACAUUGGGAUUCACCCUACUUCUUUCUUAGGCUCUGUGGGCUACCAGUGGAAGCAGGGCUGUGACCUAUGAACCUUUAGUCUUGGUGCUUCUAAGGAAGGGAAAUGAGCUAAAAACUUGGAGGUAUUCUGUCACAGCCCCUGUUUUCUAUUCAAGAGUCUGGUGCGAAUCAGGAAGUAUUACUUGGACAGGGAUUUCCCUGGUGGUCCAGUGGGUAAGACUCCACGCUCCCAAUGCAGGGCGGCCCAGGUUCGAUCCCUGGUCAGGGAACUAGAUCCUGCAUGCAUGCCGCAACCAAGAAACUUGCAUGCUGCAACUGGAAAAAAUUAAGUGGGGGGGAGUAUUACUUGGACAGUGCGAAGAGGCUGUCCUGGCACCAAAAAGUGGAGCGGUUAACAAUUAAUGAGAAUUUACGUUUAUGCAGGAUUUGGUGUGGGUUAGGCAUUGUUCUAAUCAUUUUAUAUGUAUUGAAUUGUUUAAUCCUCACAACGACCCCUCUGAAGUAGAUUCUUUUAUUAUCUUUACUUUGUUAAUGAGGAAACUGAUACCCCAAAGGUUAAGUAACUUGUCCCCCGAUAAUGCAGUUAGCAAGUUUGGGAUUUCAGUCCAGUCUAGCUUCAGAUCCCUUGAUCUUAAUCUUAACCUGCCUCAGCAACACUGUGGAAGCCAAAGCCUUGGAGUCAUGGGGAAGUGUCACUUUUUCUGUUUCUUUACUCAUAGUUCUCAGUAUAUCCUGAAUUCUUCCACUUCCAUGUCUACUGUCUUGUUCUCUUUUCCUGCCCCUCUUUACUGGUCAAAAUCCUGUCCUUUAAGACUGAUGAUUUCCUAGUUGAAGUUGAUUUUCCUUUUCAGUAUUCUUGGUCCUAUGUAGGUCUUAUUCUGACUUUAUUUACAGUUCUUUGUAAACUCUGUUACUAGAUGGUUAUAGCUUGAUGAAGCCAGUCAUAGAUGUG